AUGGUCCUCGUGCAGCUGAGGGCGUCGAACGUAUGUGAUGUGGACGACACAAAGGAAACAAACACAAUCGACUUUAGGCACAUGGUGGGGGUGGAGUACCACACUCCGCGAGAAGUGGUACGCCCACCGCCGUCUCUGACAGGCACCGAAGCCCAUCAUAUGGCGAUGACAAGCACGGGUUUAUACAGGUUCUCCAAUGCGACGAGUCCAGUUGUCAUCUUCGUCAGCUCCGAGGAGCGGUGCAGCUUGUCGGCGCGGUUCUUUUGCACCCGUUUUGUGCACUACUUCCGGUGGAUAGGCGAGAGCGUACAGCUGUUUGUGGCCUCCAAGAACUUUCAAGAUCACCGUCCGGCGCCGUACGCCAGGCAACGGGAUAUAUGGCUUCAAGAAAACCACCGCUGUGUGUCGGCUGCCUUGAACUACUUCGACUCAGAUCCGAAGCUGGGCUUUGCUGCCACUCCUGUCGCUGUUAUUUUUACUGACUGUGACUGUGCAGAUGCCCGCCGAUCUCUGGUGAGUGCUCUCCCCGCUGAUCGCUCCUUUCUGAUCCGGUACGUGCGGUUUUCGGAGGAGUGGGAAAGCCACAGAUGCAACUCAUAUCGCUUUAUCGACGUUAGUCUUCAGCGGCAGGCACUGCGCGCGUCGCGGAGCAGCGGUAGCAUCGUCUGCUCUAGCCUCACCAGAUUCCUUAAUAGCAUGCUACCGACACUAUAUCAGCUGUACUCUGAGGAGCCGCAGGAAGGCGCGCCAGGUGACACACUCAAGUCGUUCCCGCCGAUCUUCUUCACCCGGCACGGGCAAUCCGAGUACAACAUCGAGGACCGACUCGGCGGAGAUCCGGACUUGACGGAGACCGGUUGCGUCGACGCCGAAGACAUUGCCCGUUUUUUUGAGCUUCAAGUCAAGACGAAUGUAAACUUGUUUGAGUUUCGCACCACCGUGUGGGGGGAGGACGACGACUUUGAGGUGUGGUGCAGCCAGCUGCGACGGACUCAGCGCACAGCACAGCCCACUGCCGACAUACUGUCCCACGGUGUUCUCAAACCAUUCAAGUCGCUCAACGAGAUUCAUGCUGGCAUCUGCGAGGAUAUGACCAACGAGGAAGUAAAGUUGCUCUACCCUUUCAUUCAGCUCUUUCGGCACACAGACAAGGUCGGUUUCCGCUAUCCGGACGGCGAAUCAUACGUUGACCUCGUCCGCCGGCUCACACCAUUGUUGAAUGACUUGAACAACUGCAGGAAGUGUGUUGUAGUUGUUGCGCACCAAGCCGUCCUCCGUACGAUGCUCUCUUUCUUUGGAGGACGGCCGGUAGAAGAGGCCGUCCAUGCCCCAUGCCCACAGAGGACCAUCUGGGUGUGCACAAUGAACCGCCUCGGCGAACCGCGGCUGGCUGAGAUUGCUUUGUCGCCUCGCCAGAGCCAAGACGAGGGACCCGGGGUUUCCUGGGAAGGCUGGUAG